GCCUCAUGCUAAGCUUUGAAAAACAGGCUUAUGUCACUUCGGUUUGCAGAAUUCAUUGUAAUUAUUACUGAAAACUGUAAUUAUUACUGAAAACAAGGAAAUGGAUUGGACUGGACCAAUUUUAAUAUUAUUACUAUUUAUUCUUGCAAUUGUUUCCCUUUUGAAGAAGGGCAGUUCCUGGAAUGACAGCUCUCCAAAUCUUCCCCCGGGACCCAGGACCAUACCCAUUUUGGGAAAUCUGCACCUGGUGGAUCUGAAGAGGCCUUUCAGAACAAUGAUCAAGUUGUCAAAAAAAUAUGGCCCCGUUUUCCGGAUCAAACUGGGAUUCCAGGAAAUGGUGGUGCUGACUGGCUAUGAGACAGUCAAAGAGGCUCUGGUGAACCAGGCGGAUGUAUUUGCAGAGAGAGCUGUCAUCCCCUUUUUUGAGGAAUUUGCAAAGGGCUUUGGUGUUGUUUUUGCUCAUGGUGAGAACUGGAAAGUGAUGCGACGGUUUACAUUAUCCACUUUACGGGACUACGGAAUGGGCAGGAGGACUAUUGAAGACAAAAUCAUUGAAGAAUGUAGCAUCUUGACGAAAACAGUUAAGACUUAUGCAGGAAAACCAUUUGAAGUCACAACAAUUAUGACUGCUGCUGUUUCCAACAUCAUAGUUUCUAUUCUACUUGGCAAGCGACGUGACUAUGAAGAUGCCACAUUUCUACGACUUCUGAAGCUAAUCAGUGAAAAUAUACGGCUUUCAGGGAGCCCAAAUAUAAUGGUAAUCUAA